UGUACGGUGCGCGCCAGUGAAACUCCCUUGUGUACUCUGCAGGGCCGGAGUAAAUUUGGUUGAUUUGGUGCCUAGCCUGGAUGCCCGGGUUACAGGCCUUGGUGUUGUGGCGUUCCACAAAACUUCCAGCUGGAGAAUUCCCGUUGAACUGGCUCUUCUCAGGGGAUUUUAAAAAUGAAUGAAAAAGAGCUGGAAACAAACCCACAGCAGCGGAAAUUUCCUAAAUGGAUGACAGUGCAGAAUAAAAAAUGUGCUGUAGAAGAAAGAAAGGCAUGUAUUCUGAAGAGUGUUUUUGAAGAUGACCUUCCCUUCUUAGAAUUCACAGGAUCUAUUAUAUAUAGCUAUGAAGCUAGUGAUUGCUCUUUCCUGUCAGAAGAUAUUUGCAUGAAUCUGUCUGAUGGAGAUGUGAUAGGAUUUGAUAUGGAAUGGCCGCCAGUAUACAGUAAAGGGAAACUAAGCAGAGUUGCACUAAUUCAAUUGUGCGUGUCUGAAAGCAAAUGUUACUUGUUUCACAUUUCAUCAAUGGCAGUUUUUCCCCAGGGAUUAAAAAUGUUGCUUGAAAAUAAAGCAAUUAAAAAAGCAGGUGUAGGAAUUGAAGGAGAUCAGUGGAAACUUCUACGUGACUUUGACAUCAAAUUGAAGAGUUUUGUGGAGUUGACAGAUGUUGCCAAUGAAAAGCUGAAAUGUAUAGAGACCUGGAGCCUCAAUGGUCUGGUUAAACAUCUCUUAGGUAAACAGCUUCUGAAAGACAAAUCAAUCCGCUGUAGCGAUUGGAGUAAUUUUCCUCUCACUGAGGACCAGAAACUAUAUGCAGCCACUGAUGCUUAUGCUGGUCUCAUUAUUUAUCGAAAAUUAGAAAUUUUGAAUAGUGCUAUGCACAUGUUUGCUCCAAAUAAAGAGGAGAAAAUCUCACCUGGUGAAGUAAAGAAACAGUUGACUUCAAUCUCUGAGGAGAUGAUGUAUUUGGCUAAGCAUUUUCCUGACAGUUGCAGAAAAUUGGAAAAUUCACAGAGGGUUUCUAUAAUUUUGAAGAAUAUUUCAGAAAAUCUAUGUUCACUGAAGAAGAUUAUAUUUGGUUCUUCUAACACCGAGACUGAACUGAGCCCCAGCAGUAACUUUGAUUUAUUAUCAUUGGAAGAGUCAACUGUUGGUAGACAUCAACAGAAACAAAUUAGAGAACAUAAAAUUUUAACUAAAGAUGAGCCAUGGGAUAUAACACUUGAUAAUUUAGUUAAACAUGAUGGAAAAGAUGUACUUGGAAAUGAAGUAAAGCAAGAAGAUGGAUUUAAAGAUGGAAUAGAAGACAAUAAAUUGAAAGAAAAUACGGAAAGAACUUGUUUGAUGUCAUUAGAUAUUACAGAUCAAGAACUUGAAAUUUUGGAACAACAGGCUCAGGAAGAAUCUCCUCUUAAUGAUGUUUCUUACCUUUCUGCUGAGCAUUUGUCUCCCAAUGAUAAUGAAAAAGAUUCAUCUUACUUAAUUGAAAGUGAUGAAGAUUUAGAAAUGGAGAUGCUUAAGUCUUUAGAAAAUCUAAAUAGUGGCAUGGUAGAACCAAUUCAUUCUAAAUGCUUAGAAAUGGAAAGAAAUCUGAGACUUUCUACUGAAGAAGAUGAUGAUGAUAAAAAUGAAGCUAUUGAAGAGGAAGAAGAAGAUGAGGAUCUUUUAUUGCCAGAACCCAAUGAAAAGCAUAUUGUUUGCCUCAAGACCUACUUUGGCCAUAACAAUUUUAAACCGGUUCAGUGGAAAGUUAUUCAUUCUGUAUUGGAAGAAAGAAGAGAUAAUGUUGUUGUCAUGGCAACUGGAUAUGGAAAAAGUUUGUGUUUCCAGUACCCACCUGUUUAUAUAGGCAAGAUUGGCAUUGUCAUUUCACCUCUUAUUUCUUUGAUGGAAGACCAAGUGCUCCAGCUGGAAAUGUCCAAAGUUCCAACCUGUUUUCUUGGAUCAGCACAAUCAAAAAAUGUUCUCGAAGAUAUUAAAUUAGGCAAAUAUCAGAUUGUAUACAUGACUCCAGAAUUCUGUUUAGGUAAUUUGGACCUACUCCGGCAACUUGAGGCAAAUAUUGGUAUCACACUUAUUGCUGUGGAUGAGGCUCAUUGUAUUUCUGAGUGGGGGCAUGAUUUUAGAAGUUCAUUCAGGAUGUUGAGCUCUCUAAAGGCAACACUCCCAAUGGUUCCAAUCAUUGCCCUCACUGCAACUGCAAGUUCUUCAAUCCGGGAAGACAUUGUACGUUGCUUAAAACUGAACAAUCCUCAGAUUACCUGUACUAGUUUUGAUCGACCAAAUCUAUAUUUAGAAGUUGGACGGAAAACAGGGAACAUUCUUCAAGAUCUAAAGCCAUUUCUUGUUAAAAAGACAAGUUCUGAUUGGGAAUUUGAAGGUCCAACUAUCAUCUAUUGUCCUUCUAGAAAAAUGACAGAACAAGUUACUGCUGAACUUAAGAAACUGAAGUUAGCCUGUGGAACAUACCAUGCAGGCAUGAGUUUUAACAUAAGGAAAGAUGUUCAUCAUAGGUUCAUGAGAGAUGAAAUUCAGUGUGUCAUCGCUACUAUAGCUUUUGGAAUGGGCAUUAAUAAAGCUGACAUUCGCAGAGUCAUUCAUUAUGGUGCUCCUAAAGAAAUGGAAUCAUAUUAUCAGGAAAUUGGUAGAGCUGGCCGUGAUGGACUUCAAAGUUCUUGUCAUAUACUCUGGGCUCCAGCAGACUUUAACUUAAAUAGGAACUGCCUUACUGAGAUACGUAAUGAAAAGUUUCGAUUAUACAAAUUAAAGAUGAUGGCAAAAAUGGAAAAAUAUCUUCAUUCCAGGAGAUGUAGGCGACAAAUGAUCUUGUCUCAUUUUGAGGACAAACAACUAAGAAAGGCCUCCAUGGGUAUUAUGGGAACUGAAAAAUGCUGUGAUAAUUGCAGAUUCAGAUUGAAUCAUUGUGAUUCUAAUAAUGACUCAGAUGAUACAUCACAGGACUUUGGUCCACAAGCAUUCCAGUUGUUAUCUGCUGUGGGCAUCUUAGAGGAAAAGUUUGGAAUUGGGGUUCCAAUUUUAUUUCUCCGAGGAUCUAGUUCUCAGCGUAUUGCAAAUAAAUAUCGUAGUCACAGUUUUUUUGGCACUGGUAAGGAUCAAACAGAGAAUUGGUGGAAGGCCUUAUCCCGUCACCUCAUAACUGAAGGAUUCUUGGUAGAAGUUCCUGGGCAUAACAAAUUUGCAAAGAUUUGCACCCUUACAAAAAAGGGUAGAAAUUGGCUUGAUAGAUCCAAUGCAGAAUCUCCUCAGAGUCUUAUGCUUCAAGCUGAUGAAGAGUUGUGUCCAAGGAAGUUUCUUCGGCCAAGUUCUAAAACUGUAUCUUCAGGCACCGAACCGCAUUCUUCUAAUCAAAUACCAAUUGAAUUAACUGCAGAGAAGCAGUCUAACUUGGAGAGGACGUGUUCUUCCAAAGCACUUGCUAACAUUUCUUCUGGGAGUAACAUUCCUAAAAAAAGUAUCAUGGUGCAUUCAUCAGAAAAAUCUUACAGUUUCUCAGAUCCUGUUCUUUUGGCCCAAGAGCAAGAGACUCAGAUUAUGUUAUAUCGCAAAUUGGUAGAAGCUAGACAGAGACAUGCCAAUAUAAUGGAUGUACCUCCAGCUAUUUUGGCAACAAAUAAGAUAUUGUUGGAUAUGGCCAAAAUGAGACCAACGACAGUUGAAAAUGUAAAACAGAUCGAUGGUGUUUCUGAAGGCAAAGCUACUGUGUUAGCUCCUCUGUUGGAAGUCAUCAAACAGUUCUGCAUAGAAAAUAGUAUUCAGACAGACCUCUUUUCAAAUAUAAUACCUCAAGAAGAACAGAAGAAAAGUCUGGAAGUUAAAAAUAAAAAAUGCUCACUCUCACAGUCUGUGGCCUGCACAUAUUCUUUAUUCCAAGAAAAGAAAAUGUCUUUGAUUAGCAUAGCUGAGAAGAGGAUUCUGCCUCUCACAGCAAUUGGCAUGCACUUAGCCCAAGCAGUGAAAGCUGGCUACCCCCUGGAUAUGGAGAGAGCAGGCCUGACUCCAGAGGUUCAGAAGAUUAUUGUUGAUGUUAUCCGAAACCCUCCCGUCAACUCAGAUAUGAAUAAAAUUAAACUAAUUAGAAUGUUAGUUCCAGAAAACAUCGACACAUAUCUUAUCCACAUGGCAAUUGAGAUCCUUGAAAAUAAUCAUGACAGCAGACCGUUAUUCCAGCCUUCGUGUGAUUCCAACAAAAAGAGAUGUUUUCCCAACUCUGAAGAGACCUGUUUAAGUUCUAAGAGAAACAAGGAAGAAGUAAGCACCAGUACUAAGGUUGUUGGAAUGCAUUCUGACAAUUUUUCAAUGAAAGACAGAGAUCACAGACAUCCAAUAAAACCAACUUCCUGGAGUCAGCCAUCUAACUAUCCAGAAAAAGAAGAUUUAUUUUUAGAUUCUCACUCACAGGCUGCAUCAUCAGAAGCCUCAAAAAGAAAAUUACCUGAGUGGUUUGCCAAAAGAAGUGAAACAUCAGCUGCCACCAGCAACAAAUCAAUGACCAAAACAAUAAAGAAAGGUCUUUUUAGUUAAGUUGGCAAUUACUAGAAUGACCUUGUGUGUCUUACUGUUUUAUAAGAGGAAAGAGCUAUAUUUUAUUUUUGAAAAGGGUUAGGAGUAAUAGUUUAGCUAAAAAAUUAUUCUAAUCCCAAAAUAAAACUCACCUGUAUAUUGAAGGACUGGCAUCUUAGUUUUUCACAGUUCAGAUAAAGUAUUUCAGUCUUCUCUCAAUCUAAGUGAAUAUAUCAUAAAAUAGAAUAUUAAAUUUUCUUUCAGAUUGAUUUUGGGAA